UCGCCUUUCUUUGUGUGAAUGGCGGACAGCUGACUGUUACGCGAUUUGUUAAGAAGAAGAGCAAUUACGAUUUUGUAUAGAAAUAAGUUUUAUUUUGAGUUUUUGCUUUGAAAGUCUGUGAAAUGCUAAGAUCUUUUGUGACAAGCGCGCUGCGCAGCGUUUGCCGCCAGUCGCCGGCUGCGCCAUCAGUGAUUCCUUUGGUGCAUCAGACACAACGUGCCAAUUUGAUGACUUUAACCCGCCCCAGCCUUCUGCCUGCUCCUUCGCUUUUGUCCUCUGCUCCUGUUCAGUUCCUACAACUGCCCGGUGGUUUGUCAGUCACAGGAUCUCCAGCAAACACGCGCACCGUGACCAAGUUCUCGCUGAUCAAAGGAAAACGGAAGACCGUCAAAGCAGUACUAAAGCGAUUUAAGCGUUUGGAUUGGGGCGCCUGGAUACGCACGCAUUCUGGUCGUCAGAAGAAGCUCUUUAAGAAAUCAGGAGCCCUGCGUCGCCGACUCAAGCAGCACGUCUUCACCAAUGCAACGCAGAGCUGGUUGCUGGACAAGAUGGUCACCAGCUUCUGGCGCCGGCCAAAGCACUAUAUCAACGAUCCCUAUAAGCCGUAUCACAGCCGCAACGAAUACUAUGCCACACAGUCUAAGACUUUUAAAGUCUAAUCUUUGUUAAUUAAAUAAUAAUAAUUGAACGCUUACAAAAUUGUAGGGAUGGUUUCUGAAUAUUUGGCUUGCAACAGACAUUAACGCCCAUAUCCAAGUACCAUUAAAACUCGUAUCUCUUUGAUUAAA